GUCUCCCUGUGUUAAAAUAUCAGUAUCAGUAUACCAACUUCAGUUUACUUGCGUCUACAUAAACCGAUGUAAAUUCAAUCAUGUUUGAUAAUUAUAUAUUUGUGAUUGUAUUGGUUUUGUUUUUUACAGUUAAUUGUCAAGAAUGCGAGAGACUUGUUUCAUUACCAGCUAAACAACCCGUAUUAAGGUACGAAUUUAACUUUUCAAUACCUGAUGUAUAUGUUCAACUAGAAAAUCCUAACGGCACACCAAUCUUCCAAGCAUUUUGCACCAGUACAACAUGCCAAAGUGCCGAGUACAUAAACAGCACUCUCGACCCUUCUGGCGACAUCGCCACUGGAAAGUUCCACAUCAAGCUCAACAGUUUCGGGGGCGGGCAGCAAGGAAACUACACACUUUGGACUGAGGGAAGGAAAACGUUUUUGAAAUGCAUCAAAUUGUACUUGUUAGGGAAACCUCGUCCGUCAAACAUAAUCGCCAACAGAGUACCAUACGAAGGUGAAGCAGUGAUAUUGACCUGCCAUAGUAUAUCUACAACCGAUCCACCGGGACACGAUCUGGUUAUGAGUUACACUUGGACUGAAGAUGGAACAAUGCUUACAUCAGGAGGGAGAUUCACCUUGCUGCCCAAUACUGCCGCUACGUUGACCAUCACCAAAGUUCAACAAAGUGAUGAACUGUCACAGUUUGCUUGUACGGGUACGGAGGAAUUGGGCCUGCCAUCUGACAGUAGCGCGGCCUUCCAGAUCACUGUUUAUUAUGGUCCCGACAAUAUCGCCUUCAACUCGACCGGCAUUUCUCAAGCCGUCAGUGAAGGGGAUAGUUUUCCUCCAGUAGCGUGUCUGGCAGACUGCAAGCCUUCCUGCAUCUUCAGAUGGACAAAGGACCAAAGUUCUGUGAGCACCUCGGCGGUCCUUGACCUUGGUAUCGUUGGAAGCGAUGACAUGGGAAUAUACACGUGUACUGGUACACAUUCCGUCUACACGACGUAUACUGACACCAAGACCUACUCAGUCACCGUUACAUAUGGUCCAAAUAAUGUAUCCAUAUCGCCUUCUACAACCUCGUAUACGACUACAGAGGGGGAUUCUCAAGGAGAAAUUACCUGCUCUGCAGUUUGUAACCCGGAAUGUGCGUACACUUGGUCGAAGGUCGGCGCUACUGGAACGGUACGGAACAAUGCAAUCUUAAAUCUUGGUCAGCUAACACGACAAGAGGCAGGGUCGUACAUCUGUAGCGCUUCAAACCCGAGCUCCUCUACAACACGAACAGGGCCCAUAGUGGUUGUGGAGGUCAUAUAUGGUCCUAGCAUAGUGUCCCUAUCCCCUUCUACAACCUCGUAUACGAAGCCAGAGGGUGGCACUCUAGGAGACAUAACCUGCUCUGCAGUUUGUCACCUGGAAUGUGUUUACACUUGGUCGAAAAUUGGCACUACUAGAACGGGACGGAACAAUGCAAUCUUAAAUCUUGGUCAGCUAACAAGACAAGAGGCAGGGUCGUACAUCUGUACUGCUACAAACCCGAGCUCAUCCACAACACGAAAUAGUUCCACUGUGGUUGUCAAUGUCAUAUUCGGCCCGAAUACUUCGUUAAUAAACCCAUCUAAUAUGAACUACACGAUAAACGAGAAUCAGCCUAUCAUCACGAUAGUUUGUAGUGCCAGCUGCUAUCCAACCUGCACAUAUAGCUGGAGAAAGACGACACCCACCCCUUCCUCCGCGUCUAACAAUCACAACCUGGCACUUGGUGAGGUGACGAGGAAUGAGGCAGGAACCUACCAGUGUGAGGCAACAAAUCCUACAUCUAAUGAAACAGCUACCAGUGUAGUGGUGAACAUCAACGUCAGGUAUGGACCCGAUUCAGCCACAUUGGGCGUACCCUCAAAGUACACAACGACGGAAGGCGACACUCUCCUGAACGUUACCUGCUCUUCUGUUUGCUGGCCUGGCUGUUCAUACACCUGGAGAAAUUUGACAAACAACGCUAUCAUGUCUCAGAAUAGAAGUCUGACGUUUGGUCCAGUCGACCGCUACAUGACAGACACAUACAGAUGUGAUGUUGCCAAUAUCUACACGGCCUACAAUAAAACAACUCGAAGUGAAUUGCAGCUUCUUGUAAAAUAUGCGCCUGACGUGUCGAUCGUUCAAUCGGCGUCAUCACUGACAGAAGGUUCACCACUGAUCCUCACUUGCUCAGCCAAUGGUUAUCCUUCCCAGUAUACUUAUACUGGCUUUAAUCAGACGUUCGGAACAACUGCAAUACCAAACGACAACACGGAAGAAGCAGGUGUCCGUGAUAAUAUUUCUGUGAGGAUUGCUUCUCUGGCACUGCAGGACACGGGGCUGUAUACUUGCACGGUGCAUAAUAAUGUCAAGGACAUCAAUGAUAAUUUGAUUCAGUCUGAAUCGACACAGAUAGAUGUAAAAGUUAAACCACAAACAUUUCUUGCCGAGGACCGUUUUGCAGCACCAACAGGAGGCCAGGUCAACAUCUCAGUACCGAUAUAUAGCAAUCCUGUAUUCAGUGAUUAUGGCUAUUAUCGAUAUGAUGGCUAUCACGUGAAGGAAGAUGACAAGUACGAAUUCACUCAAAUAAAUGCUUUAAUCCAAACGCAGUUCUAUGGAAGAUCUGUUACUCUCCAAGGACUUGUGGUGCAAAUGACUAUUCAGAAUCUAACUGAAGUUGAUUUUGGAUUAUACACGUUUUGGAUAAAAAACGAAAUUGGAAACACGUCUGUUGAAGUUAACGUGAGUGCAAGAAGUAUACCUUCACAACCAAUGCAGUUAAAUGUAACUGUUAAUGAAAAUACGCCAAGUUUUGAAUGGAGGAAAGGUUUUAAUGGAGGCUUUGUUCAAACAUUUUUGCUGCAAACAUCAUCAACAUCGGAUACACAGCUGUGGACCAAUCGAACUUCUAUUUUAGAAACUGAUACCACUUACAUAGGGGAUACAGGAUUUUAUCGGGUCAAUAUUACUAAAUUUGAAUUUGGACAUUUUGAUGCCAGACUAAUUGCAUACAACGAACUCGGAAAUGCGGAUCCUGCUCAUUUCCAACCAUUUGAUGUUAUUAACAUGCUUGAAGAAGAACAAACCAAACCAUCGAAUGGAGCUAUAAUUGGAGCAGCUACUGGUGGAGGACUAGCAGGAGUAUUGCUAUUAGGAGCCGCCGUUUUUUUUCUCGUUCGAAGAAGACCUUUCACCAAAGGACAAUCCAAAGAAGAUAGGAAUGCAUUAAAGAACGAUCAUGCACUAAAGGGCAUAACAGAACCUGAAGACGACGAUAUCCCGGACGAGGUAGAAAACGCAAUGUAUGUCGGAGCUGGGGAAGCAGCAAACGUUUACUCGAAGCCAGUCAAGAAAACAACAUCUCAGGUUGCUCAAACCAACCCUGGUGAUAUUUAUGCCGUAGUGGACAAACCGAAAGGGAAAAAGAAAAAAGGUAAAACCGCAGCGGGCACAUCAGGACAUUCCAAACAGCUAAACGAUUCACAGGAAACCUAUGAAAAUGCUGGGUUUGUCUCAACUGAACCUUCCAAAGAAAGAAAAAAGAAUGCUGGUGGCCUGAUAUAUGCUGAUUUGGUGUUUGCAAAACCACCGAAGGGUCAAAAGCGUCUUGUGAUACAUGGUCUUGAUGAUAUGACAGAAUACGCAGAAGUCGAUCUCACCAAAAAAACCGAUCCCCUUCCAGACAGCGAUGAGGAGAAAGAGAUAAAGACGAAAUAAAGGAAGAUGACAUCUGAAAGUCAAUUCUAACUGUACGAUGAUCUGAAUCAAAUGAAUUUGACACGUGAACAGAAAGCCUCGCUUAGUGUUUUUUAUUUUAUUUUAAGAGUCACAACAGCAGUGUUGCAACAGCCAAUUGAUAAUAAAACUGUAUUAUUCUAACCCUAUAACCAUAACUUGUCCGACGCUGUCAUUCGUAUUGAUCAAACCCAUGCCUGGGUAAUGCAUAUGUUGAUUGACUUUCUUUCCAUUUAGGCAUUUUUACUCAGUUCAUUUUAUUAUCUAUAAAUACCACUUUGCUUGUAGAUGCCUGUUGUAUUUGGUAAACAUCUUGAAUUUAAUGUCGGUAACGGCUGAAACAUUUAACAAAUUGUACCCUUUACAUAUUUUAUGUUUUAUUGGAAAGCAGUAUGGUAAUUAAAUACGAACUCACGGUCGUCAUGUCAGCAUUAUGCAAUCUUGUUAAAAACGGGUCAAACUUGGUCAGAUUACCAGUGAGUGGGACUUCAACCUGAAAAGCGUGGCCACAAGGAUCAAUAUAAGGGCAUCUUGUCUUCAACAUCUUUCUCAAUUACAUCUUCUUCUUUAUCAUUAAGACAGCCUUUGUAUGAGUAUGCAAAUGACAAUUCUAUUUUUGCGGGUGAUAAAUUUCCUAAUGUUGUUAAGAUUACUCUUGAAGAAGAAAGUAUUAUUGUGAUGUACUGCCAAUCAAAUGCAGGCCAGCCCUGAUUUUCAAGCAAUUUCAAUUGGUUCUAUGUCUGUUAAAGUAAUAAAGCAAUUCAAUAAACUGAAUCUCAUGAUGGUUUUUGAUGAGAUAAUAAAACUUUUAUGCGUUGAGGUAAAUAAUUAUUUAUAGGUUGGCGCCUAGAUUUCAAUUACUGUCCUGUUGUUUGGAAAUGUUUGUAACAAAACCAACACAGAAAAAAAUAGAAAAUAAGUUCAAUACAGAGCUUUAAAAUUGUUUUAAUGAUUACACCCCAACAAAUACCAACAUUACAUUUGAGCAGAGGGAGAUGCAUCGCUAUUGAAACUUACAAAUAUAUGUACAGUAUCUCACAAGAAUAUGUUCAAAACCAGGUAGCAAUUUAAGACAUGUACUUUUAAUCUCAGAUAUGAAAUCUUUGUGCAAUCAGUAAGAAUACUAUGCUAUAUAUAUACUAUAUACAUGCUAUAUUAAGUACUUCCUUGCAAUACUUUCCAAACAUAUUUUCAAGCAGGCUAAAGUAAAGAAUAUAUCAUUUAUUACAUUUUUGUCAACUACACAUUAUUAUACUUUGCUGAAUUUCCAUUUACAUAAUGUUACUUAUAUAAAAAGUGCUCUUAUUCAUUUUACGUUCUGUUAUUGUCUGCAUGAAUGUAAUUAGAAACUGCCUUUGUAAAUAAUUUCCAAUAUGUAACCUAUUUAAAAUUUAUGCUUUCAUUUCCAGGUCACUAGGUUGAUUGUUAUGUUUUGUAUGUUUUUUAUUCAUGUCGGAUACUAACUGACUGAGCUUAUGUUUCUUGUAAUCAUAUACCCAACUUUAAAUAAAGAUUCUUGUAGCUUGUA